AUGGCUGCUACUCUCCCUCCGUCCUCUACUGGCUCGACCAAGCUCGAUGCCGCAGUGCAGGUUGCAAAGGCCAACGAGCCUCAGAAGCUCUCUGGUUUCGGCCUCUACAGCAGAUUCGCCUUCGCUGGUGCUGUCUGCUGCGCCGUCACCCACGGUGGCCUCACUCCCGUCGAUGUCGUCAAGACGAGAAUCCAGCUCGACCCCGUCACAUACAACAAUGGCAUGAUCGGAGGCUUCCGAAAAGUCAUUGCAAAUGAGGGCGCAGGCGCUCUGCUCACCGGUGUUGGCCCUACCUUUGCAGGUUACUUCCUGCAAGGUGCCUUCAAGUUCGGCGGAUACGAGUUCUUCAAGCAACAGUUCAUCAACCAGCUUGGCUACGAAACCGCCGCCAACAACCGAACCGCCGUCUACCUCGCCUCCUCCGCCGCCGCCGAGUUCUUCGCCGAUAUUGCCCUCUGCCCUCUCGAAGCCACCCGUAUUCGUCUCGUGUCGGAGCCCACCUUCGCCUCUGGUCUCGUGUCUGGUUUCAGCAAGAUUGCAAAGACCGAGGGUUUCGGUGCUUUCUACAGCGGUUUUGGUCCCAUCUUGUUCAAGCAGGUUCCCUACACCAUGGCCAAGUUCGUCGUCUACGAGAAGGUCGCUGAGGCCGUCUACCGAUCCGUCGACAAGAACACUGCCUCGGACGGAACCAAGACCAUCAUCAACUUGGGAUCUGGUUUGAUUGCCGGUUUCGCUGCUGCCAUUGUCUCCCAACCCGCCGAUACCAUGCUGUCCAAGAUCAACAAGACCAAGGGUCUCCCCGGUGAGAGCACCACUAGCCGACUGGUCAAGAUCGCCAAGGAACUCGGUCUCCGUGGUAGCUACGCUGGUAUUGGUGCUCGUUUGUUCAUGGUUGGUACCUUGACUGCUGGUCAAUUCGCCAUCUACGGUGACAUCAAGCGUGUCCUUGGAGCCACUGGUGGUGUUGAAAUUGCCAAAUAA